AUGUACGCCUACGCCAAGUUCAUCUCUACCUCUGCCCUUGUGAGGAGAAACUUUCAGCGGCUGAGUAGACCGUUAUUUGCAGUGAUGCUGAAAUGGCCAGAGGUUUGGACAGAUGAGAACCUCAGCAUUUUGGCAGCAUCAGGUCCCCUGACCUCACUUGUCCCCAGAUAUGGAUUCCAAACUAGCACCAUCUCAAGGGACAUUGACACAGCAGCCAAGUUCACUGGGGCUGGGGCUGCCACUGUGGGCGUGGCUGGCUCUGGAGCUGGGAUUGGGACUGUGUUUGGAAGUCUCAUCUUUGGUUGUGCCAGGAACCCUUCCCUGAAGCAGCAGCUCUUUUCCUACACCAUCUUGGUCUCUGCCCUAUGGCCAUGGAGCUCUUUUGCCUGA